UGGUUUUCACAUAGCGCUCUUCGCAAAAUAGAAUAUAGUAGGUUAUAUGAGACAAUUAAUGGUGCAGAAAGUAAACAAAGGCAAUUAGUUAAACUAUGUGCUACUCGUUGGCUGGCCUUUUAUAAUUGUAUUAAAAUCAUUCUCGACCAAUGGCUUGAACUCAAAACAUGUUUUGAAAUGGCAGCACAAAAAGAAAGAUGUUACAGUGCACGGACAUUGUAUGAAAUGUACAAAGAUGGUUCAAAUUUGUUAUAUUUUAAUUUUUUAAAACCAAUUUUAAAAGAAGUUACUGAUAUUAACUUGCUUUUUCAAAGCACUAAUUCAGAUAUCACCAAAGUGUACGGAGAUUUAAAAUUACUUCUAGUUUCAGUUGUUAAACGUAUUAUAAAACCAAGUUUUCUUCGUUAUGAUAUUGAUAUGUGCCCAAAUGCUUUGCUUAUUGACGAAAUUGACAGAAUAUCAAAAGCAUUAUCAAACCCGCAUGCGCUUUUACCUUUAGAAUCUGUAGAUUUUGGCUUUGCAUUUACAGAGCUUGCUAAAAAAAAUAUUGUUUCACCAGAAGAUUUAAAAUCAGUACAGAAUCGUUGUUUUGCAUUUAUGUUACGCCUUUGCGAAGAACUGCUGAAACGGCUACCGCAUAACACUAAAACAAUUCAAAAGUUACGGUAUUUUGAUCCCAAAAUGGUUUUUUCGCCUAUUUCACCUAGAUUUAUUGAUCUUCCGCUUGAGCUUUUAAGAUGCAGUACGGAUAUAGAAAUUUUAGAGAUACAGUGGAGAAACCUAACAUCUUUACGAUAUUCCGAUAUUUGUGAUUCAUCAAUCCCUAUUCAAGAAAAAAACACUCAAGAGUUUUGGGUAGAUGUUUUGAAUAUUAAAGAAACUGGAGGGAAAAAAAAAUUUGAGGACCUGGCUCUAUUUGUAUUGCAAAUACUUUCCCUACCAUUAUCCAAUGCUAUUGUGGAACGCGUAUUUAGUGUUAUGAAUUGUGUAAAAAGUAAAUUAAGAAAUCGUAUGCAAGUUGAUAUGUUGCAAGCAAUUCUUCGUAUCAGGCUUCAUCUUAAUGCCAGUAAAAUAUGCUGUAAGAGCUUCAAACCCACAGAAACAAUGUUUCAUAAGUUUACAUCUGAUAUGUACGAUUCACCAAAAAUCACUACAUCAGAAUCAGAAAGUGUGGAUUCGGCUACAACAUUAGAUGAAGUUAUGGACAUUUUUAUUAGUGAAGGUGCCCAGGAAAUUAAUUUAUAUGAUUAAAUUUGUUAUUCUAUUGUAAUUGUUUUAGUUUUAUUCUAAUAAGAAUAUCACAUAUUUUAUUUUAUAAACCAACAGAGAUUAAUUCAUUUUGUAUUCAUUGUUAUGUUAUAAUUAAAAAAGGAUAAUUUUAAUUUAAAACAGACAUUUGUAUUUUGUAAUAAUAAUUAUAAUAUUAUGUUUUACCACACCA